UUUGACUUGAGGUAAGGACACAAUCUGCUCAGAGAGCUCACUUGGUCUUUAGUCACAAGAGAAAAAGUGCAUUACCUCAACAGCAACUGUCCUUCCUUUCUUUCAAAGAGGGAAAAAAAAAAACCUUUUGGGUACAUUAAAAUCAAAAGGCAAGCGCCAUUUUUUCAGGCAGUGCAUUUGUUGGAAGAUUAAGACCCACGGCAAAAUGACUUUCUGUGGAAAUGACACAUGGAGCGAAGGGAUGGGGGAACUCGCUCUUUAAAUCAGUCACAGUGAUCUGAAUGUCAUUCCGGACUGGAGAAUAUUUUGCAGCGGACAUAAAAGACUAGAGCUCAAACCUAGCCUGAAACAUGCCUCUGUUUGGCUGGAUGAAGUGGUCGAAACCUGAAGUGGACAGUCCAGUCCAGAAACAUAGCGAGGUGCCCACCAAGACUUUAAUGAGGGAGCUGCUGUGGCACAUGGAGGAGAGAGAGAGGCUGGUCCGGGAGAUGGAGAAGGAGCAGACCGGCAUGGAUUACAACUGGCUGCAGAGCUACCAAAGCUUGAAAUCCCUUCUCCCACCGUCGGAGCGCAGGCAGCUGGAGCACCUCUGCUCCCAGAUCCAGCCUUCCCACACUGCCACCGUGCUGUCCCGGUUCCGAGAAAUACUGUCAGGAAAUGACAUUCUGCCUUGGGAGCUAGUCUACGUAUUCAAGCAGGUCUUGAAGGACUUUAUAACAAAAAAGGAGGAAGAAAAGCAGCAAAUAAGGCUGAUGGAAUCCUGGACCAACAGAUAUCAAAUGAAACAGGGGUUCAAUAACCCCACCAUCCCCGACUGCAGCGAAACUUUCAAAGAGGAGAUCCCCACAAUAUCAAGCUACAUUGACAAAAGCAUGCAAGGUGAAUGUCCAUAUUUUGUUGAAAGAAUCUGGGAUUUACCUUACUACUACCCCGCUCACUGCACCUGCUUGGAGGCAUACAGUGCCACAAUAUAAUGCAUGCCUUUCAUACUGUAGACAAAAACAUUAGCUAAAAAGGUUACCAAAAUUAUUCCUAGACAAUCUGACCCUGUGGAACUCAUGUACAGUGUUUGUUUUUGUUUUCUAAGAGUACUGUUCUAAAGUUUGGAAGUGGCAUGCUUAACAACGAUCGUGUUAUUUACGGAAUGACUUGGUGGGGUGUUAGUUCUUCAUUUUACCCCCACAAAAACUGGUCUCUGCAGUGGUGACUUCCAAGCCUGGUAGAACAUUCAAAGCAAGUUCAUUGUAGUCAAGGUUAAUAGUAGCAACUGUUUUAUUGCAGAGUAACUACUGUAGUCUUGCAGAAACCAUGUCUCCAUGUAAAGCCAUGUCUCUACAAAAUGCUGUUAAAUUCAUUCUACAUACAUUCUUUCUCACUAAUCUGAUUAGAAAAUAUCCCUUCAGCAAGAUUCUUGACUAGUUUUGUAACAUUAAGUUUCAAACCUUAGACCAGAGAAGGCCUACGUUGACCCUUCCAGACUUUUUUCCAAUCCUGUUCUAAAUUCUUUAACUGAAUCAAUUAAACGUGCAUACAGAACCUGAAGUAGUUCACUAUACCAUGGUACAUGUUUGCAUCACCAUUCUGGUACAACAAGUAGAAUCUGUCUGAGCCUCUAACUUCAAGGGUGAUCAUGUUCAAACCAAGGACUACCAACACCUUUCCCUAGACAAAGCAAGCAGCAUGGAACCAACCACCCUUGUUUUGUUGCAUUUAGAGUUGCAUCACCAUGCAGAUUCCAACCUUUAUUUCAAUUUUCAAAGCUUGUCUUUAACAGCAAGCCGGUACUGCCUUUCAAUGAUGUUUUCAUUUUGCAAGCAAUGGAAGGGGAUAUUCUUGUCUCGGAUGGCAUUCUUCCGAUUUCUCGACUGGACUGCAUUUCUGAACACUAAUAACAAGAGUAAGAGAUGAGACUGAGAGUGCAUUGCGGGUUCUGUCUCCUUCAACUUCGGUGUGGUUUUCUUUGUAUAGUAAGCGUACUUUAACCUUCUGAGUGAAAACUCAGACCAUAUUAUUCAAAAUGCUGAAUGCCUACUACCCCGAAUGCAAUAAAUGUAUAUUUCAAA